AUGGGGUUAUUGAGGUGUGUAUCUGGACCCUUGAAAGAACAUGACUUCUCUUUCAGCUUUCUUGUUGAUGCAUGCACAUCUUUAGAAGAGCAUAUUCAUACAGAAGGGCUUUUUAGGAAGUCAGGAUCUGUUAUCCGUCUAAAGGCACUAAAGAGUAAACUGGACCAUGGUGAGGCCUGCCUGUCUUCUGCACUUCCAUGUGAUGUUGCAGGUCUGCUGAAGCAGUUCUUCAGAGAACUGCCAGAGCCUGUCCUCCCAGCUGAUCUGCACGAAGCUCUGUUCAAAGCACAACAGUUAGGGGCAGAGGAGAAGAAUCAAGCUACAUUGUUGUUGUCCUGUCUGGUGGCUAGUCCUACAGCUGAUAUAUUAAGAUACUUCUUUAACUUUCUCAAGAAUGUUUCUCUUAGGGCAAGUGAGAAUAAAAUGGAUAGCAGCAAUCUUGCAGUAAUAUUCGCACCCAAUCUGCUUCAAACAAGUGAAGGCCAUGAGAAGAUGUCUGCUAACACAGAGAAAAAGCUACGAUUGCAGGCGGCAGUGGUACAGACUCUUAUUGACUGUGCAUCAGACAUUGGACGUGUGCCAGAUUUUAUUCUGGAAAAGAUACCAGCCAUGUUAGGUAUUGAUGGUCUCUGUACUACUCCAUUCCUGGAAGGCUUUGAAGAAGGAGAAUAUGAAACUCCUGGUGAAUGUAAGAGAAAAAGAAGACAAAGUGUUGGAGAGUUGUUAUGGCCCCAGGAGGUGACACAGGCCACAGACAUGAACACAGACCCCAGUCUUAGCAGGACCAUGGACCCAGACAUGGCCCUCAGCAGCAGCUCAUGCUCAGAUGACAUCCUGGCUCCAGGUGACAGUGCAGGCCAUUCAGAUCUGCAAGGGUCCCAGUGGCAGCAUGGCCCUCCAACACCAACAUGGCCCCAGACGUCAGGCAUCCGCAUGGCCUUUGAUGAGCAACUGGGCUGUCAGGCUUGCUUCCUGCUGUCCUGCGGCUUCAGCGGCUUCAGCGGCUUCAGCGGCUUCAGCGGCUUCAGCGUGGCUAGAGAUGAGAGGGCUGAAUAG